AUGCAAGCUAUUUUCUGUGCUUUACUACUACGUGCAAUUUCUGCUAUAUCCCCACCGUGGUCGGCCAAUUUUAAUGCUCCGAUUAUUGGAAACGAUGUGCCGUAUUCAGAUCAAAUCCAGCCAGGUGGAAAAGUGCUGGCCGAGUUGCUUCACCAACGAAAGCCGUUCGACUUUUACAACAGAUUCACGGAGGAAUUCCUGCCCGAUAGCCAAGCCAUCGCGCAGAUGUUGGCCACCGCAGAAUAUUCUGACAUUAUGGUGUCUAACUACCCGCCGACGAAGAACUUCACGGCUGCCCUCCGCGACGGAUUGCCGACUAUCAACCGGCGCAUCUCCGAGAAUUUGCGGACGAGAAGUGUGCAGAGGAGCGGAUUGUACGCGUACAUUCUCGACAAAAUGGACACUUUCUUCACCAGGGCUUUUGCGCUAUCGGAUCCGAUGAGCCUGAGCUUUGCCUGUCAUCACUAUUCACCCCUGCAAAUGUUUGAGGUCUACAACAGUCUCCUAAAUUGUGCCCCGAUGAGUUGGCCGCGUGUCAACUUGACGAACGCAUUAAUGGACACUUUCCGUCUGAUCGAGCAGAGCCCCGGAUGGGGGAAAUUGGGAGCAGAGGAGGCUGAUGAUUAUGAACACUACAAGAGCAACUACAUCUACCUGGCUCAAACUUCGAAGACUUUCGAAGACUAUCGCGGCAAUCCUGCAGCUUUUGAUGCCGAAAUGAAACAGGCCACGGAUUUCCUCACUACCAUGAUCGGGUUGGAUCGGUAUACGGUACUCCGCCGCUUGGCUUAUUGGUCUCAGGAGAGUAAUGAAAAGUGUAUGAUGGACAUGUUGAGGCCGGAAUACGCGAUGAGACAUGAAUAUAUUAUGGAAAUGGGGCAGAUCAUGGUCAAGGAUUUGGAGAAGAUUGUGACCGUCUACGAAAAGGAUCUCGUCUCACAUCUUCUGGCUGGAUAUAAUAAGCUAGCCCGACCGGUCCGGGAUUACAACUCCAAGCUCAACAUCACCGUCCAGCCACAAAUCUACAGUCUGAUCGAAGUGAACGAGCUGAGCGAGCAGAUCAAGUUGCUUUUAUGGUUUCCGCAAAGCUGGAAAGACGAAUUCCUGACGUGGAACGCGACGGAAUGGUCGGGGAUACGAUCGAUAAACGUACCAGCAACGCAAGUCUGGCUUCCGGAUGGAUACAUAUUCAACACAGUCGACGUAAAAGAGCCCCUGACGCAAUUCAACGUGCGGGUCAGCCACGAGGGGAUCGUUGAGGCCGACUUCAACAAGCUGAUCGACAUCGGCUGCUCGAUGUCGAUCCUGAAUUUCCCGUUCGACACCCAGUUGUGCUCACUUCAAUUCGGAUCGUGGAGCUAUCAAUUCCACCAAAUAUCACAUAUCAUGAAGCCGGUGAAUGUGCCUACAAAUGCUGCACAAUUCGAGUGGGAAAUCCUCAACUUCACUGCCGAAAAAGUCGUCAAAUCCUAUGAAGGAACGAACGGCGUGAUGAAUACUUAUGAGGAAAUUUUCUACCAUUUGAAAAUCAAGCGAAAACCUUUAAACUAUAUCGUCGUGAUUUUAAUCCCGACAUUUCUAAUCGUCAACGUGUCAAUUGUCGGAUUAUUCACACCGCAUGGCAUACAGGGAGAUAGGCAGGAAAAGGUCUCACUUGGGCUCACAACCCUUCUAACAAUGGCCGUCAUCCUCGACAUGGUCUCCAGCGAGAUGCCAAAAAGUUCAGAAGGGGUGCCGUUGCUAGGUCGCUAUGUGCUGAUCCAAACGGCGAUCUCAAUACUGGCCAUUGCCGUCUCGGUAAUAACAAUAUUCAUCCACGAACGGGUACUGUAUAUGAAUACGCCGGUGCCGCGGUGGAUCCUCAAUCUGUUCCAGGAGCACAAGGACUAUUACGAAGUUCCCCGGUGCCUCGAUUUGGAUUUCGACGUCACGCAUUCUGACGACUCGAUCUGCUCGUUCAACAGCAAAAAUGAUGUCGUCCGGGAAGUGCGAGCUUGUAUCAACCUGAUUCGGGCCCAGUUGGCCACGAUAGAGGCGGAAAAAGAGAUCCACGUGCUCUGGCAGCGCUUCUUCUCCCUGGCCGACGUGACGGCCAUGUCGUGUUUCCUUGUGCUCAACCUGUGCACCACCGUGCUCAUGUUCUGGUCGGCAUUUCGUCAAGAGUUCAUCGUCGGCGUGCCG